CGCCGUGGACCUAUGACAUGCUGGGAUAUACACACACACAGCCAUGCAACUUCCAACGGCGGCUAACGGAGCUUCUUGACGUGGAGAAUUGUUUAACUUAGCCGCUGUCCGGCGACGUCUCCGGGCUGUUUUGGGGAUCACUUACGCACGGAGGGAUAAAAAGAGAAAAGGUGGCCGUCGGCGAGAGGAAGUUCCCAUUGUGCAAGAUGACAGAAGAGGUGAUUGUCAUUGCCAAGUUUGAUUACAUGGCCCAGCAGGACCAGGAGCUAGAUAUCAAGAAGAACGAGCGCCUCUGGCUCCUCGACGACUCCAAGUCCUGGUGGAGAGUCCGGAAUGCCACCAACAAAACGGGCUUCGUGCCGUCCAACUAUGUGGAGAGGAAAAACAGCGCCAGGAAGGCUUCCAUUGUCAAGAACCUCAAGGACACGCUGGGAAUUGGGAAGGUAAAGAGCAGGAAGGGGGGCAUGAGGGACACGGCCUCCAACGCCGACGCCGACAUGUACGCAGACAAUGGUGAACGCCUGUACGACCUGAACCUGCCCGCCCUGGUCAAAUUCAGCUACACUGCAGAGCGCGAGGAUGAGCUCUCUUUGGUGAAAGGCACACGGGUGGUAGUGAUGGAGAAGUGCAGCGACGGUUGGUGGCGCGGCAGCUACAACGGACGCUCCGGCUGGUUCCCAUCCAACUACGUCACGGAGGAUGUGGACGGGACGGCGGGGGGAGUGGGGCCGGGCGGCCUCGGGGACCCGUCGGGAUCGCUCACGGAAAAGCUGUCAGCCGUGGUGAACAGCACGGCCAAUGGGAACAGAGUGCUACACACGGUGCAGGCGCUCUACCCCUUCAGCUCGGACAAUGACGAGGAGCUGAACUUUGAGAAGGGCGAAAUGAUGGAGGUGGUGGAGAAGCCCGAGAACGACCCGGAGUGGUGGAAGUGUCGCAAGGCAGACGGCCAGCUGGGCCUGGUGCCCAAGAACUACGUGACUGUGCUGGACACGGCCUCCCACAAAACCACUGCGGGGCCCGCCGGACCGCCUACACCCGACUGUGAUUACAUCUCACCGUCUGGCAGCGGACGAUUUGCAGGCAAGGAGUGGUACUACGGGAAGGUGACGCGCCACCAAGCGGAGGUGGCUCUCAACCAGCGAGGCACCGAGGGAGACUUCCUUAUUCGAGACAGCGAGUCAUCGCCAAAUGACUUCUCCAUCUCGCUGAAGGCACAAAGCAAGAACAAGCAUUUCAAGGUGCAGCUGAAGGAGAGCCUCUACUGCAUUGGACAGCGCAAGUUCAACUCCAUGGAGGAGCUUGUGGAACACUACAAAAAGGCGCCCAUCUUCACCAGCGAGCAGGGCGACAAACUCUACCUGGUCAAGGCCCUGUCUGCCUCCUGAUCCCGCACCCUUUUCCGGCACCCAAAAACGCAAUACCAUGUACACACACACUUGUAAAUGACACACAGAAGAGACACUAUACAGACCAGAACACUCACUAACAUCGAGCCAGUAGAAGACUUCACACCUCAUCAGGACUUCUUAUGCCUGGUUGAGCAUUCCAAUAGGAGGAUGGGAAAAAGGCACGAAAGAGGAAGAAUGUUGGGAGUGUUGGGAGACAAAAAUAAAAAAAAGACUAAGGACUCCUGAGAGCGGACGAUGGACCUCUUGGACACUUAUUUAUGAUGUGAUCCAGAUGUGUUUGCUGGCAGUCGUGUAUUUCCACCUCCAUAGCUUAGUCGCAUUUAGUUUGUCGAAAAUAUAUAUAAUCCUUUUAGCAGCUGCUUUUUAAAAUGACCCCUUUUUUUUUUUUUUUUUUUUUAAUAUAAAUAGACAGAGCCCCCUUUUUUUAAGAUCUCGAUCCCAAGUUCUACUGGUGAAUCAGUGACCUUUGCAAGUUAAGCGACCAAAAUAUAUUUAUUGAUUCAGUUGGUUGUGGAAAUGUGCAUUUUUUUUCAUUUUUUUUUUUUUUUGGCGGGGUAAUUGUAGAGAGAGUGGACCAGGCACCAGGGGCAGUAACCUGCAUUUUUAUCCACCCCCCGCACCCAUUCAAAUCACAUCAUCAAAUGAACUGUUAGGAGAAAACCCCAGAAACAAGCCACAAAUACUCACAAAUACAAAUACUAAGUAAACAUUUGUUGGCCGUUCCUUCAGAUUUAUUUCAUGCUUUCAAGGAGAUGUAAUAUGCAUUUUCCCCCCCAGAAUUGUCAAAAUUCAAUGCAGCUCUGCUUCCCACAUUGGCGUUGACAUGAUAGCAGGAGCAGGUGGUUUCGUAUGGUAGUGCCUCUUCAUGAUGGUGUAACGGACCAUUGCUUGAAAGUGGCUCUAGAUCUUCGCCCACCCUAGCUGCUCAUGUCAUCGGCGGAGAAACUGUGGAGCUGAUUAUCAUGUAAAUUAGCCCCACUGUUAAGUAACAAAACCAUUUUCAGAAAUAGGCAGAUACAAACUCGGUUGUUUCAAACUUACGUGGGUGGUCAGGCUAUUUAAAAGUUAAUUUAAAUACAUCUCCUUUUUAGUUUGGCCUUUGAUGGCUGUUAAAAAGAGGUCCCCCCCCCUGUUCACAUGAAUGUUAUCCAAAACAAACUGUCGCCAACCUGGGAUUCAUUGUGGUUCUUAGGAGGUCAUAUGAAGAAGAAGAAGAAAUCACGGGACACUUUCUCUGGAGGAAGUGGGCUUCAAAACACCUGCCAUCUCCACGGAGCUGCAGGGGAACGGAGUCCAAAAGAUGAUUUCAAUGCGCUUGAAUUAACAUGGCUGCAAGCAGAGGAGGAGGGGAGGUCACAGGAGGUGGCAGAUGUGCUGGGUGUAUGUUACAAAUGGGAGAUUUCCAGCUCGUGGAGGCGUGGGAGUGUGGUAUUUGUCGUUUUCUCUAAUAGUGUCUUGUAGGUAAUCCAGAUUGAGCGUGGCACAUCCGUUUUUGCUUCAAUGAUGACUCUUCCAUCUGGAGCGCGAGGGAGCAAGAGGAAUUGCAGACAAGGGUGGGGGGCCUGAGUGGAAAAAUGAUGAAGGGCAGUCGAGAACGGAUUCCCGUGUAGUAGAUCAUCUGGAAUUCUGCUCCUCGUCCUGGUUUGGGCGGCAAACGGGGCUACAAUCUCCGUGUUGUCGAGGUGUGCGUUGAGCUGAGCGAUGGCUCGCUAAAGAGCCGAGUGGGUUCUCAGCUUUUAGAUUAAUGACGAGUUGACCCGAAUCACAUUCCAGGAUGAAACGUCCGGAAGGCCUUUGUCCAGUAAACGCCUUUUUCUCUCUGGAAAAAUCAAGUUCCUCACAGGAUUCAUGUUACAGUGCGUAUAAUUAUUAUUGGCUCUUAUGUCGUGACAUUUCAGUCUUGUGAAACUUCCCCUCUUGCGUCCACUUUGUCGUCUAACGUGACUAACGCAAUGGAGGAUUUGGGAGAUUUUUUUUGUUUUGUUUUUUUAAUAAUGUGCCUUCACAGCUUUCUGUCAACCAAAGUUUCAUUUGAUUUGUUUUUGGCGCUCCACCCUGUUCACUUGUAAUGCUGCAUGCCAUUUGUUUUUAAAGCAGGUGUGGGGAACCUACGGCCCGGGGGCCAUAUACGGCCAACCGGAGCCAGGGCAUUUAAUCAGGGCGGCCAUGCAAUUUUCAAAACAAAUUAACCCAUUGAAUCCACAAAUGCGCCUCAAAACAAACUUUUCUCAUCAUAGAUCAUGAGCAUGGUCCUUGGAUGAGUUUAUAAGGGUCUCUCCACCUCUGCUUUUAAAGCUUUGCAUGUUGCAUGUGAUGAGUUAUCGGGUUUCUCGACUGAUUUUUUAAUGUUUUUUUAUUAUUAUUUAAAUAAAUACCCCCAUGUGCAUAUAAUGUCCAUUGUGUGUAGUUUUGAAGUGUCCUUACAUAGCAAUCUUAAGUGAAUGCCUACAUGCACAGCUGAGAGAAAUAUUUCGCGGAGACGUACAGAUGUGAUGUAAUCACGUCCCGAGCACCUCAAGUGUCACAUUUGUUUUACCGUUUGUUUCCCUUUUUUUUUUCUAACAGUGUAGCCACAUACAGUAGAUGUGUAAAGAUUUCAUGUAAAUGUUGGUAUUCAAAUAGAAGAAUGACACAGAAUCUCCCUGCUUUUUAGAUUUGAAUAUAACGGCCGUAGCUUUUGUCUCUAAGCACCAAUGGCGGCCGCACGAGCAGCUGUACAGAACAAAAAUCUGCUUCAAAAACAUUGGAAGUCACUCGAGACGAAUAUUCCGAACAAGUGACCCGUGUUAACGUUGGUGCUUUUUUGCUGCUUAUAUUUUAUUCCCCCCUCCACCCUCCUGUGGGCGAGAGAGUGAAGCAAACAGCUCCACGCUAUUGUGGAACCAUAAAAAGGCAGUGCUGUGAAAUUUAUUGUCAUGCUCUUAAUGCUGUUUUUAACUGAGAGAUCAUCUUCAGGUGUUAUAACUUAGAAGAUUUUAUUAGUGUUUCAAAGACGUAAUAAACUACA